AUAACGGAUACAUUCCUGUUAUGUACCUUUUUUUUAACCGAGGAAACAAGUUACACCCAAAAUUCACCAGUAAAGAAUACCGCGCCGCUAUAGCGAGAGCAUGAAGCCGCGUUGGUCAGUUUGUUCCACGCCGCAAAAACGUGACCCAGUUCCCACCCAGUGAACAGCGCUGGUCCAAUCACAGCUGGAGCGGGGGGGACACGGGUUCUCUGGCAGCGCAGUUCAGCAGGACAAGAGGGACAGCCGAGCAGCGCCCUGGAAGCAAGGCUUAUGACACAAGUGGAAAACACCAUUGAGCAAGCCGGCGGUCCGGUGCGUCACUGCUGGAUGCGAAGCGCCCUUCUGUUUGUUUGAUUUUUAUUGGAGAAAUUAUCAUUUCAACCUGCACGACACAGGCAGCGGCUUUGCAGUGGACACUUCAUCAAUCCUAACAGCCGGCUUGUCAUGAGACCCAAUUCCAUCCACUGGUUCCGAAAGGGGCUGCGGCUGCACGAUAACCCAGCGCUGAAGGAGGCUGUGCGGGGAGCCGGGACCGUCCGAUGCGUUUACUUUCUGGACCCCUGGUUCGCUGGCUCGUCCAAUUUGGGACUCAACAGGUGGAGGUUUCUGUUGCAGUGCCUGGAAGACCUCGACGCCAGCCUGCGCAAACUGAACUCGCGGCUCUUUGUCGUCCGCGGGCAGCCUGCCAACGUAUUCCCCCGGCUUUUCAAGGAGUGGAAGAUUUCGAGGCUGACGUUCGAGUACGACUCAGAGCCUUUCGGGAAGGAGCGUGACGCGGCCAUCAAGAAGCUGGCGUCCGAGGCAGGGGUGGAUGUGGUGGUGAAGACAUCGCACACGCUGUACGAUCUGGACAGGAUCAUCGAGCUGAAUGGCGGGCAGCCCCCGCUCACCUACAAGCGUUUCCAGACUCUGGUGAGCCGCCUGGAGCCCCCGGAGCUGCCCGUGGAGCCCCUCUCCGCUGCCUUCAUGGGGAGGUGCGUCACGCCCGUCUCGGAGGACCACAGCGACAAGUACGGGGUGCCUUCGCUCGAGGAGCUCGGGUUUGACACAGAAGGUGUUGCCUCUGCAGUGUGGCCGGGCGGGGAGACGGAAGCUCUGGCGAGAAUAGAGCGGCAUUUGGAAAGAAAAGCCUGGGUUGCCAAUUUCGAACGACCGAGAAUGAACGCUAACUCCCUGCUGGCAAGUCCGACGGGGCUGAGCCCCUACCUGCGCUUCGGCUGCCUGUCCUGCCGUCUCUUCUACUUCAAGCUCACAGACCUCUACAGAAAGGUGAAGAAGCACAGCACCCCGCCGCUCUCCCUGUACGGGCAGCUCCUCUGGCGGGAGUUCUUCUACGCGGCCGCCACCGCCAACCCGCGCUUCGACAAGAUGGAGGGGAACCCCAUCUGCGUGCGCAUCCCCUGGGACCGCAACCCAGAGGCCCUGGCCAAGUGGGCAGAGGGCAAGACCGGUUUCCCUUGGAUCGACGCCAUCAUGACCCAGCUGAGGCAGGAGGGCUGGAUCCACCACCUAGCCAGGCAUGCUGUGGCCUGCUUCCUGACCAGGGGAGACCUGUGGAUCAGCUGGGAGGAGGGCAUGAAGGUGUUCGAGGAGCUCUUGUUGGACGCAGACUGGAGCGUGAACGCUGGGAGCUGGAUGUGGCUCUCCUGCAGCUCGUUCUUCCAGCAGUUCUUCCACUGCUACUGUCCCGUGGGCUUCGGGCGCAGGACAGACCCCAACGGAGACUAUAUAAGGCGCUACCUGCCUGCUCUCCGAGGUUUCCCUGCCAAGUACAUCUACGACCCGUGGACCGCUCCCGCCGCGGUCCAGAGCGCCGCCAAGUGUGUGAUCGGAGUGCACUACCCCAAGCCCAUGGUGAACCACGCGGAGGCCAGCCGGCUCAAUAUCGAGAGGAUGAAGCAGAUCUACCAGCAGCUGUCCCGCUACAGGGGGCUGGGCCUGCUCGCCUCGGUGCCCUCAAACCACAGUGGCAGUGGGAGCGGGGGCAUGAUGGCGUACUCCCCAGGAGAACAGCAGUCUGGGAACAACAGCGCGCCUGGUAACCCGGUCGCCAGCGGCAACAGCAGCAUCCUCUUCGGCUUCGACAGUGACGAGCAGCCAGGAACCAGCGGACUCCAACGCGGCUACCCCACAGACGGAGCGAAUGUGCCAGGAGGUGCGGCCCAUCGCUUGUACCAGUCAGCCAGUUCCCCCGGGGAGUUUGCAGUGCCCCAGUCUCCAGGUCGGUUCCUUCAGGGCAGUGGCGAUGGGAAUCAUUCAGGGAAACGAGAGCGAGACGGGGGUCCGGAAGACGGGACUCGGACCUCGGCAGUGAAGCUGCAGAGGCAGGGUGACGAGAAACGUGCGGACCUGCAGAGCGUGAACACCCUGUCUUACUGAGGCACCUCCUGAAAUAUCGACUACAUGGCUCUAUUUUAUUUAUUCAAGGAAAGAAUUGUCAGAAAUUAUAUUUAAUAUGAUAUGUAAGUUUUGUAAGCAACUUUUUUUCCCUCUGUCCUUAUUUUUUAUGAUAGUUUGUAAAAAGCUUCUCCCCAGUCACCCAGUUGAUUACAGUGAACGAAUCUAACAAAAAUACAACGGAGAGAGUUUGUGUAAGAGGGGAUCUGACUUGCAGGGCAUCUAGAUUACCAGAGUACUGAAUUGAGACUGGGAAUAUGUCAUCCCCUGAAAGCUGCCACCCUGAUUUCAAUUCCGUUUUAAAGGCACGCAGUUUUGUGGUUUCGUUCACUGGAUUUCACUCCCCUUUAGAACGACUCGGAGCUGAGACUGUUUAGUUUUAGAGAACGGUUGAGCAGAUCUCUCUGUGAUUUUGUGUUUUUAUAAUGAUAUUAAACUGUUCUUUUCUUCGCUGGAUUUAUGGAGGUUGGCUGUCUCCGUGAAUCAGUUCCUCUUCUCUCCCCAAAGUUUAGUCGCUGACUGUUUCCACCUUGUUAAAAGCUUUCAUUACCAACAAUUAUAUUUUUGGAAAAUUACAAUGCAAGGUUAAACUGUUUCAAAAUGUUCCAUGAAGUGUUUCAUUUAAAUGAAGUGUUUUUGUACUAUUCCAAUGGGAGGCUGAUGGAUUUUAAAAAACGCUUCUGUACGCGUAUGUGUGCGUCUGUAUAAAAAAGACACUUUAAAAAGGUUCUGGUGCGUCUCAACUUUCCUAACCUUUACUGCAGAAAUAUAAAGAGAAAAGGCACGUUCUCCAGAUCUGCCGUGCCUUGCUCUACACUGAGAAUAUUUCUACUGGCGCUUCGUCAGGAUGUGGAAAUUGCUGCAACAGCUAAAGCAACGGGUUUAGAUUUAUGCAGAGUUGUGUUGACACUGUGCUGCAGUAUUACUGGCAUCGAUUUGCACUUUCUAAUUAUUACAUUGAUAUCCUG